AUGAAUCCCGCACGUUCCACAAAAGAAUGGGUUGGGAACGCCGGUUUCCAGCAGGUGAAGCAGCAGAUCUUCAAGUCGCCCGUGCGCAACUGGCCGAGAGACGCCAGGUUGAAGGAAUGUGGCGUCUUUACGACAUUAAACUUCGUUGAAGGCAUCCAAGACUUCACUGACAAGCUCUUUAGGGACGUCCUGGGACUGAGCGAGCAAGGAAUAGAGGUUCUCAAUGCGGGAAAAUAA